UAACACAAUAAAAGAAAAAAUAUUUUAAAGAAAACUAAAUAAAUUAUGUGGCUAAAUAUAAACUAGAAAACAAAAACUACGAAUUUUUCUAAAGAAAUUUCAAGUAGAACAACAGCCCCUACAAAAAUGCUACAACAUCCCGCCAGAUUUUACGAUUUGGCUGCUGCCAAUGCUGCUGUUUUAACAUCACGCCAAACUCCACCAUAUAGUCCUACCGGACUAACGGUUUCGGGUUUAACGAACAAUAAUAACAAUAGCACAAGCAAUAAUAACAACAAUUUGGAUAUGUUGUCUCAUGGUAAUACCAAUAGUGUACCGGGUUCUACUCAUUUGGGUGGUAAUCAGAAUACAAGUACAAAUGGUGGCGGUGGUGGCGCUAGUAAUGGCGCCAAUGGUCGCGAGUCGUUGCCAUUUUGGUUUUACCAGGAACAGGUGGCGUGUGUAUGUGAGGUUUUACAACAAGCUGGUAAUAUUGAAAGACUGGGCCGUUUCCUAUGGUCAUUGCCACAAUGUGAUAAAUUGCAAUUAAACGAAUCUGUGCUAAAAGCCAAGGCCGUUGUUGCAUUCCAUCGCGGUCAAUACAAAGAAUUGUAUCGAUUGUUAGAACAUCAUCAAUUCUCACCACACAAUCAUGCUAAAUUGCAAGCGCUGUGGUUAAAAGCUCAUUAUGUGGAAGCCGAAAAACUGCGUGGAAGACCAUUAGGUGCUGUGGGUAAAUAUCGUGUUCGUCGUAAAUUUCCACUGCCGCGCACAAUUUGGGAUGGUGAAGAAACAAGUUAUUGUUUUAAGGAAAAAUCUCGUUCUGUUUUAAGAGACUGGUAUGCGCACAAUCCUUAUCCCUCACCGCGUGAAAAACGUGAACUAGCAGAGGCUACGGGACUGACAACAACACAGGUUUCUAAUUGGUUCAAAAAUCGAAGACAAAGAGAUCGUGCAGCGGAACAUAAAGAUGGCAACUCGGAUAAACAACAUCUAGACUCAUCGAGUGAUUCUGAAAUGGAAGGUGCUCUUAUGCAACAUCAUAGCAGCACAACAUCCGCCAAUAAUAACAAUACAACGAAUAGCAAUAAUCAUCAUCAUACAACGUCACAUCAUCAUCACCAUCAUCAUCAGCAGCAACAACAGACGCUAUCGCAACAGCAACAACAUGCAGCACAACAAUCUCCCAAUCAAACGCUCAGCAAUCAUCAUACACAUCAUCACCAACAGCAGCAGCAACAACAAAGUCAUCACAGUUCGGCUAAUAUCUCUUCACACACCACUGUCGAUCAUAGUUUAAGUGCUCAACUGGUUGGUGGACCAGCUUUAUCAGCUGCUGCUGCAGCCGCCGCUGCCAUAGGUUCUGCUAAAGGUGCCGGUAAUGCAUCCGCCGCACAAAUGGCUCCUUUACCCGCUGCCGUAGCCUAUUCACAUUUACAUAAUGUUAUGAGUUCUAUGCCCAUUUAUGAUAUGAGUGAAUAUCAACAUUUAUGAUUUUAGUUAGAUGCCAUUUGUACGGGCAGUAGUAGUACUAGUAGUGAAUGGUUGGCAACAUCGGCUGUUAAUGGCACAGCAGCGACAACUACAGCAACAGUUUCAUCUUUGUCAGCUGCUGCGGCUGGUCAAAUAGCAAGACAUCAACAGCAACAACAACAGCAUCAUUAUUAUUUUUAAUAAGAAAUAAUUUAGUUGAAAAUUAUGGACAAAUUUUUAGGAACUGAGAGGGGGGAGGAGUUUUUUUUACAAAAUGGGGUUUGAAGAUUAAAAUUCUGUUUAUAGAAGAAUGUCUGGUUUUGAAAUUGGGAGCUUAGGACUCUACAGAUGAGUAUUUGAUCCUUUGUCUAGACUAUGUUCCAGACUAUUGAUUAGGCUAUAGUCUAGACUAUAGUCCAGACUAUUGACAAGACUACAAUCCAACAUAUAGAUAGGACAAUAAUUUAGUCUAUUUACGUGACUAAAGAGCCCAAAGAAUAGUCCAAGAUACAUACUAGACUAUAGUCCAGAUAAAUGAUUAGAAUAGUCUACAGUCUAGACUAGUCAUGACUAUAUACUAGUCUAAAGACUGCACUAUAUUCUGAAUUAUAGUCUAGUCAAUAGUGUAAACUAUAAUCUAAUGUAUAGUCUGGACGAAAUUCUAGAUUAUAGUCUGGGCCCUUCACUAUCGUCUAUUAUAGACUAUGGACUAGUAUAGUCUAGUAUAGACCAUAGACUAGUAUCGUCUAGUCUAUAUUCUAGACUACAGUCUAAUCCAUAAACUAUAGUAUGGACUAUGUUCCACCUAUAGUCAGGGCUAUAGUCGAGUGUACAGUCUGAACUACAGUCUAGUCAACAGUGUUGAAUAAAGUCUAGUCCAUAGUAUGGACUACAGUCUAUUCUAUAGUCU